UUAGCGACUUUGAGGCUAGUCAAUGCUAUGCUAGGUUGCUGGGAGGUUCUGAUAAGCUUUUCUCCUGAUUUAGGCAGCUAUUUUUUAUAUUUAAUAAUUUACCGUCAAUAAUCAUUUAACUUAGCAUAGUUAUGUAGUUAAUUAAAUAAAUAGUGAUUUAGACAUUAAUAUCUAGCUAACGUUAGCGUACACAGCUAACUCGUGAAAUCGACGUGGUGUAUACACACAGUCGAUAAAUACCAAAUUAUGUGGUCAAAUAUCGGAAGAAUUGCACGUAAGUUGACCCACAGUGCGUAUUUAUAUAUUUUUAAUCUUUAAUGUUUGUGUUUAUCUUUUAGCAAACUAGAACUAUUGUUUUUUUCUGGUGUGUCCAAAAUUAGUUGGACUGUUGACAAUAAAGCGCAGGUGUGGUUGUGGUAGUGAUGGUGGUGAUGAACAACGCCUUUUGUUUAACUACAUGUCGUUUUUAAACGUCUUAAACGACGUGCGUUAAAGCAUUUAGGUCAGAAAGGGAAGCACUACGUGAUGCUUAUGUAACUUACACAUCAUAUGGAAACCAAUAUGGUUUAUUGAGUUUAGGAUUCCUUUCACAUUAGCUUAAGCAGAUAAAAUUCCAAUCUAACUUAGAUUAUUUUGGACAACUCAAAAAACGAAAAAGCCAUGACCGCUGUCGUAGGACAAGUUUGGUCAUGGAUCAACCCGCUCAACCUGUACCGGCCCUGGGCUAAGAAACCCCCAAGCCAGAAAAUUCCUCGUGCUGAAGCUCAGGAGAAAAGCAGCUGGAGGUUGGGAGGGGUGACGUCCUGGGUUUGGGCCGGAUGGAGAAACCAAAAAACUCCAACCGAGGAAUUCUGGGAAGCUCAAGAGGAUAUCGUCAGACCUUUAGAAGUAGAAGAUCUAAAGGCAGAGACAUCUGUGACACCUCCUCCUCCUCCACGAUGGUGGAAACAGAUAAUCAGUUCUCCAUUUAAUAUAUGGCCGUUAUCGUCAUUAUCAUCGUCAACCAAGCUCGGCGGACUUGAUCGGAUAAACCAGGGUUCGUGGGAUUCGGAUGCGAAAGAUGAUUUUUCCGAUUAUGGAACCCCUCCUCCGUCUCCCGAUCCGCUUUCCAAAAAGUCGUCCGCAUUCGGUUUCUUUGCUCAGUCCUGGUCCGGAGAGAUCCUUCCAGAGCAUUACGAGAUCUGUUUCAAUUUCAUCCGUCACCUCUUUGACCUGUUUGUCGUCGGCUUCCUUUGGACAGUGUCCCCUCCCACCAAGUUUGUCUUGGACGUCCUGGGCGUCCAGGGAGCGCUGAAGCUCUGGCUCCACGGCAUGGCCAUGUUUCUGGUGUCCUCUGUAGGAAUGGCCGGCCUGCUGUGGUUGGUUCAGGAGUACCUGGCUCAGUUUGCUCUGGUCUAUGGCAUCAUCCAGGCGGUGGUCAUUUCAGUCAGCGUGCGGCAGAGCGUGAUAUUGGGGACUGAAGAUGAAGGAGAAGACGCGAAAGAAGAAGAGGGCAGCGAGGAAGAAUCGGAGGAUGCUUUGGCGCUGACUCAAAGCAGUUGCGCUGCCAACUGGAGUAUCAAUGCAUCUUGAAGGUCUUUGGGGCCGUGAGGAGACACAUUACGUAAACAGACCACUCGAGACUCGAGCACAAAGCCAGUAGACGAGCCAAAACCUCUGCGAUUAAGUCGUGAUGAAGAUGUUACACUCUUACCAGCACUCUUAUCAGCAAUUUAGUUUUGUCUUUUUAAAUGAUACAGCCUGAAGGAGACUCUAUUUCCAUUUACAAUCAUUUAAAAACAAAAAAAUAAUAAGUUUAGAGACAGAGCUGUGCAUUCAGAGCCGAAGACAACGAAUCAUCAGCAUCAAAGUCGCCAGUGAGAUUUUUUUCCAGAACGCACUGUGAAGGCACUUUUUAACGGAUCGCACGGAUGGAAAAAAGAAAGAAAGAGAUGAUCCUGCUGUGAUUAUUUAACUUCAGAAAGCCGCACAGCUGACGGUGUUUUAAACUAAAGAAAGCUGGGUGAGAUUCGAUUCGAACCUCAAGCAGCUUCAGCGCUCGUAUCGGCACCAGCUCUUCGUUACUGUUUUUGUUUUUAAAGACUUUGCUCAACUCCAGGCUUUACUACACUCCAUUUGCAGUAUUCUUAUUACACUACAUUUGUAUUUAGAGCAAAAGGUGAAUGAUAUUCUCUGUGAUUUUUAUGUGUACUUACUGUACAGAGCACAUCCAUAAUAAUCCUGGAGGUUUUUUGGUUUUGUUUGUUUGUUUAAGGGGUACUUGGGAACAUGGUCAGGUCAGUAGACCUGAUAAAGACUUGCUUUGGACUUUAUGGUACACACUGGCCUGGACGCGGCUGCAUUAUUAGAUUGCUUUAUUCUCAUGACACUUUCCACUAUUAUAUAUAUAUUACGUUUUAUUUAAUGUGUCUGUUUAUCAGUGGCAUUUUUUUGGUUUGUUUUAUUGUUAUUAUUUUUUUUACAUUAAGUGGCUGUUUUAAGAAUAUUCACUGUUUGUUCUUGUACAAUACUCCAGUUUUGUUUCGUUGCCAUGUUUCACACUAACACCAUGUUGCAAUAGUUUUAGAUCUCUUUCUUACAAACUUUAAUUUUCUUUCUU